UCAUUAUGACUAGACAUCGUAAGUGUUUGUUAAAUUUAGUGAAAUAACGAAAAAAUAAUUGUAACAAAAGAUAAUAUGAGUGAUAAUAGUUCGUAGUUAACCACAAAUUCUAAUUUAGUUGAUAAUUUAAGUUUCGUAGCGGCUCAAAAGUCCAGAACUCGACAAGUUUAUGCGUAGGCUGGGCAAUGAUAUUAUCUAGGGGUAAAGUAAUAUUUUUGUGCAAAUUUAACGUGAAUGUGGAGUGCAAUAUCGAGGAUUUUCACGAAAAACUCUAGUAGCAAUAACGCGCAAAGUGGCGAGGAUACGCCGAGAGAAAUGGACCGCGGAGAACGAAGGAAACUCGACAUGGAUGAUACGUUCGUUACCAGACAGGCCAAACAGCGUGCGUCUAUGAAAUGGCUUCUGUCGAAGGCUUUCAACAACAAGGUCCCCGAGAACCUGAAGGAGCCGUUCUAUAGAGACCAUGAGAACCAGGAGCACCUGAAGCCGCAGAUAGCCGGCGGCCUGGCCAACGCCGAGAUAUACUGCAUGGCCUUGGGCAACGUCUACUCGGACCCGAACUACCACAACCUCAACCACUGGGCCAUCCUGCAGACCCUCGCCAGGAAGGGGGUGUAUUCCAACGAUGCCUCGGACGCUCAGCUUACCGAGACCACGCUGAUCCAGACCAACCCCCUGCGAACGGCUGCCCACAUGGCCGUCAUCGAGAUGAUCAUGCAGCUGUACGCCAGGGAGGUCGUGACCGCCGACAGGGCGUUGGCGGCCGUGCAGCGUUUCAGCCACGGCAGGAGUCCUUCGCCCCCGACCCCGGAAGGUCCGGAGCAGGGCGUGCUGCUGUGGGUGUCGCACGCCUGCGACGCGCUGCGGAAGAAGAUAGAGCAGGAGACUGAGGGCAACGGCGCCGUCACCAACGGCGGAGAGGGGGACAAGCUGAGGGCGCCCGACUUCCCCCCACUGAGAGAGCUAAAAGACUUGUGCGACGGGGUGGGCCUGGCCGCCCUAAUCUCCUACUACUGCCCCGACGAGCUGCACUGGACGGAGAUCCGGAUCUCGAGCAUGCCCUCCCUUCAGGACAGCCUUUACAACCUCAGGCUGGUGCAGGACUUCUGCCACAGGUGCCUGCCCUCGUCCAUCUUCCAUCUCAUGCCGGAGGACGUCACUUACAUGCGGGAUUUCAUGAAGCAGAACCUCGUGGUGUUCCUCGCCGACCUGUUCAACGUGAUGGAGAUCAACCCCGCGAAGUGCGUCAGGAAUCCAGGGACGGAGAGGUUCGGUUCCGAUGGCAUGCCCCCGAGUAACGCGCACGGGGUGACGCACAAGCGCAACCUGCUCCAGACCGUGAUGGCUCCCAUCCCGGAUCUGCGAAGCGGCCUCGACGACCCCACGAACCCUACCGCUUUCCAAGUUCCGAGGUCUACACCAACCCACGUACCACUCCGGAAAACAAACUCUCUCCAACAGAGCAUGUCGGAGAUGAGCGAAGAUAGCUUACGCAGGGGAUCCGAGGACUCUUUCGUGGUCCACCGCGGAAAAAACAUACCUACACUCAGGUCGGUCGUGGAACCGCUCAUACCUGCCCGUUUGAAGGUCAGCAAAGAGAAACAGAACAACGACAGCAAGGCAGACGAGAGGGGGGAGAUAGCGGCGGGCAGGCCCAGCAACUGGGAGGAUCAGAGGAAGCCCAGUUUUGCGGGCAGGCGGAGCAGGAGGAAUUCCAUGUCGGACGAUUCCCAGCUGACGAUCGAGAACUUCGGCGGCAGUCAGGACAAUCUGAAUUUUAUUGGGAGGAACCCGGAUAAGGAGGUCGCGGUACACAUAGGCAGGAAGAUCUCGGCCCCCUCCUUCCCCACCCCCAUAGAGAACGCCCCGGUCCGUUCCACCUUGCAAGACGCCAGGGGCUCCUUCCAACUGGGAUACGACAACGGCUGUGAGAAACAAGACGACGGCUCGGAAAAACUGAAGCUGAAACGCCAGCUGAGCAGCGACGACAUCUCCUUGAGGAACCUAGGCUCGAAUAUGAACAAGGAGAACAUCAUCAAGGACCUGGUGGACGGGGAGGUGACCAAGAGGAUGAGCUUCGCCGAUCUGGGCAAGCAGAAGGUCGUGGGGGAGAGCAGGGGCAUCCAGCUGGUGUACAUGAACGACAAAGAGGAAUACCCGUCGAAGAGUAGCUUCCUGAGCAAGUUGGGCAGCACCAACGGCAGCUCGGAGAAGAAGACUACGUUCGCCGCCCUGCCCAACACCACGACGUGGCAGCAGCAGAGCAGCAAUCAGCAGCACGUCGAGAAUAACGGUGACGCCAGCAGUCCGGGCGGGAACGUCAUGAACGUGCAACUCAGCGACAUCAGGAUGAAGCUGGAGGAGAAACGCCGGCAUAUAGAGAGCGAGAAGCGGCGGAUGGAGAUGGCGAUGAACAAGCAGAGGCAGAAGGUGGGGCAGGCGGCUUUCCUCCAGGCCGUGGCUAAGGGAAGAGGUAAUUUACUAAAACCGACAACAGACGCUGAGUCUAAUAACUCGGCCGAGGGCUCGGAAACGCAGAGCCCCUCGUCCGAUUCCGCACCCACGCCAAAACCCCAGAGGCCGUUUACCUUGCAGGAGAUCGAGGAGGACGCCACCACCAUGGAGAGGAAGUGGUCGGACGAGAACCAGCCGUUUGUUGAAACAAGGAGGACUCCCGACCUGGAGAACAUGGACCUGGAACAGUACCAACAGUCUAUUGCUCAAAUGAAUUCUAGUCUACACGAUAUCCAAUCGGACAUGCAGCGGCUCGCAUCGCAACAAAAUCAGAUCCAGCAGCAGCACCAACAGAACUUGAUCGCCCAACAACAACGACAAAUCCAAGCCCUCCAACAGCAGCAGUACCAGAGCAUGCAGCCGCCGCCAGUGCUACCGCAGUACACCCAGCCGCAGUACCAGCAGCCGGUAUAUCAGCCGCCGCAGCAAGUUUACGCUCCGCCGCUGCAAUCGUCGGCUAGCGCUCCUCACAUACCGCAGGCCAUCUUCAACCAGUCGAGGACGCAGGAGCAGCCGCAAUUCUUCCUGCACGAUCAAUCGGUGGCUAUGCCCUCCCCUCCGGUGGUACCUCAGCGGAGGACCUGGGCCCAACAGCCCCAACCCCCGCCAGUCCGCGAUCCUUACCACCAACCGGAGCUGAGAACCUGGGGCAAACCGCAGAGCACCGGAGGGGACAUAGGCGGCGGCGGAUUUAUGUUGCACGACACACCAGACAGAUUCGAAAAUAUCCGGUACCAGGAGCAGCCGAGGUACCAGGAGAGCACCCGUUACUCGGAGAGUCCCCGUUACUCCGAGAACAAAUACCAGAACGGCGAGGAGCCCACCUUGCACCACUCGAACAGCUUCACGUUGAGCCAGCAACACCUCCAGCAGCAACACCCGCACUACGGCACGUCGCACAGCACCCCCUCCGCCUCGCCCCAGCACAGGAACAUACAUCGACAAAUCUCCCAGCUCAUGGACGAGGGAAAGAGGACCCCCGUCAGCCUCCAACAGAUCGACGGCCGAGAGAGGAAAACCAGCGUCACCCACGCCCCGAUCCCGGCCCCCCCGGCCGACGACAUGGAACCCCAGAAUAUAUCGUUUAUCGGGAACAGCGCAGCAGACGAUAAACUCACCGAAGGUCUCAGCAGGCUGAACAUCACCUCGGGCAGCAGAACGUACAGGAUACCGUCCCCGACGCGCCCCCUCAUCACCCGCAACUCCUUCCAGCCCACACCGUCGUCGCCCCCGCCGGAACCUACGCCCGUCGCCGAGAUCAGCAGCUUGGACAACGACCCGACCAGUCAGAAAGGGUUCUAUAUCAGUUUCGAUAACGACCAGCCCAAGAGGCCCAAGCCGACCCUGAGGACGAAACGGAUGUCGCCCAAGAAAGAGAGGAGCUACGUGGAAUCUCCCGAGGAAGCGGCGGAACGAAAGGAAGAACAGGAGAGGCUGGAGAAGAAGAGGCAGCUAGAAAAGGAACUGGAAGAGGAGAGGAUGAGGAAGGAGGAAGACGAGAAACGGAGGCAGAUGUUAAUCGAACAGGAGAGGGAGAAGUUGAGAGCGAAACGGGAGGCCAGUCAGGAGAGGCAGAAAGUUGCCGCCGCCAGCACCAUUAUUAUCGGGAACGAGCUCAGUAAUCCGGAUCCGGACUUGGAUUACGAGAGAGAGCGGAAGAAGGAGAAGAUAAUGAUGCUGUCGCUACAGAGGAGGCAGCAGCAGGAAGAGCUGAAGGCGAGGAAAGAGGCCGAGGCGCAGGCCAGGAAGGAAAUGGAAAAGGCGAAAGAGGAGGAGAAGGCCAGGAAGAAGGAGGAGCAGGCGGCUAGACGGCAAGCCAUCUUGGAGCAGUAUAAGCUGAAAAAGGCCAUAGAAGAAGCUGAACGAGAGGGAAAGACGCUGGACAGGAGCGAACUAUCCUCCUUGAAGCCGGUACCGAAGAUGCGUCCCAAAGGGCAGGCUCGACCCCGGCCCAAAACGAUUCACAUCGACAGCGGAUCCGUGCAGAUGGCGGAAGGGAUGUCCCGCGGUAGAGACAAGAAGGGCUCCACUUCCAACCUGACCGCUUAUGCUCCGUCCACCAUGAAACGAGACUAUUACAGAGGCUCUCAGGACAGCCUGGCCUUGGACAGAAGCAUGAGCAGUGGCAUGCUUUACAAAGAUUCCCCCGACGACAGCAGGGGCAUGUCCCCGUGCCACAGCGCCAACCAGACCCUCGGACGGCGCAGCUCCUACAAGACCAGCAGAGACCCCUCGCCUGCCCAGGUUCGAGGCAGACCUAAGUAUUCGGCUUAUCAAAACUUUAAAGGGCGCAAGUCUAGCUCUAUGAUGAAUUUGUACGGCUCCAGCACGGAUCAGGACAGUCUGGCGUAUCGUUUCGGAGAUACGGAUUCGGGUCUGGGACGAGCAACGCCACCCAGGAGGGCACCCUCUCCCGGCAUGAGUAUGAGGCAUCUCCCGUCGCCUUCGGGACCGGGCAGCUUGCCCGGGCUCAUGUCGAAGGGCAGGAGAAUGUUCGAUGACGGUUCCAGUGAUAUUAGCUCUACCCCGAGUAGUAUGAUGGAUUAUAAUGGUCCUCGGUUAUACAAGCAGCCGGCCACCAAGUCCAACCGCAGCAUCAUGCUGAACGCCGUAGAGUAUUGCGUGUUUCCCGGCGUCGUCAACCGGGAGGCCAAGAAGCGGGUGCUGGAGGAGAUCAACCGGUCCGAGAGCAAGCACUUCCUCAUCCUGUUCAGGGACGCCGGUUGUCAGUUCAGGGCUCUCUACUCCUACUGCCCCGAGCGGGAAGAGAUCACCAAGCUGUACGGCACCGGGCCCAAGCAGGUCAACGAUAAGAUGUUCGAUAAGUUCUUUAAAUAUAAUUCGGGUGGUAAAUGUUUCUCCCAAGUCCACACCAAACACUUGACUGUGACCAUAGAUGCAUUUACGAUCCACAACUCGCUGUGGCAAGGGAAGAAGGUGAAUCUGCCAAAUAAAAAGGAUAUGGCUCUCGUUAUUUAAACGAAACCGACGAGUCUUAAAUAAUUGUUGUUAAUUAGUCAUCUAAUCUUAUUACUUAUUUUUAUUUUGUUAAUGCUUUAUUAAAUGUUAUUUCUUUUUUUUUUUUUUAAUAUUCGCGUAGGAAAGUGUCUGUCACGAUAUUUUUGCGCAUGGUUUCGAUUAAUAUGUACUAUUUUUUUUAUUUUGUAGGUAAUAUCACUGUAAUAUUGUAUUGCGUAAUAUUUAAAUAUUUAUAUGCCAAUGAUGCAACGUCUGAGAUAUUAGGUGUAUCACUUUUUUUUACCAGAAAGUCUAUUGAUUUCGUUGUAUUUUCCCUUUUUUUUUUUUGUAUUAUGUGCCUUUUUUUGUAAGUACGUUUAAGUAUUCUUUGUAGUAUUUUUGUAUUUCUUUUCCUUAGAAGAGGGACGGAGGUUUUUUUUUUAUUUGUGCCAAUAAGGAACCGCAAAAUUCUUAACACAGAGAAACGUGUACCGCUCGCUUACUGUUCUUCGGGGUACACCAUUUUGUCCAUGGAGGAAACAAUAAAAAUUAUUAGUGUCAUUCCAAUUAUACUUAUAUAUAGAAUAGUAAAAAUUGCAGGGCUGUUUUUUGGUAAAAGAUCGUUUCGGCGCCCGCCUCCAAGGUCGUCGCAUAUAUGAAAUUCUCGCUAUUUUUUAAAUAAAUUACAGGGCCUUGGAGGCCCGCGUCGACGCUUUGCCCAUUUUGUAAGUCACUUACGAUGAAGAUUGCUUAAACUAUUUGUAUAUUUGUUUGUUUAUAUGGUGCACUAGCCUUAAAAAAAUGCUUGAUUUGGUUUCGUAUGGAAUUGCGUGUUUCACUAGGAGUCGAUGAGACCGGUUGCAAUCCACAGCCUACGGUCUAGCCGACGCGUUGUGCGUUUUGUGUAUAUUUGACAUUUUCGUGCGCUGCAAAUGUACGAACGCUAGAACCAAUAUACGCGUGACGCACAUCGAGAAGUACCUCUCGGCUAGACCGUGGCCUUAUAUUACCUAACGUUUUGGAUUUAUAUAUCAAGCCGCAUAUACUUGAAGUCGUAAGUUCCCUAAGCCUUAAUUUUCUACCUAAUACAUCUUUGUAAUAUUUUAUUUAAUACAGCAUUACACUAAUCGUUUCAUGUCUGUACAUAUUAUGUUUUUAUAAUAUAUAGAUAUUUAUUAAUUAUACACUUGUAUGAGUCAAAACAUUCAAAACAUCAAAAAAUAAACAUAA